AUGGUGCCAGCAUCGCGUUCCUACACUCCAUCGAAGUUCGAGGUCCUUCUGCGCAAAGAAAAACGUCAGGUCAACUCAGCAGGGCAACAAUGCCAAUGCGGCCCUCCACCGCCAAACUGUGAGCGCGGUCCUCCUGGGCCUCCAGGAGAGCCUGGAGAGCCAGGACCCGAUGGCGAAAAUGGCCCGGACGGAAUACCCGGAGUUCCUGGAAUGUCGCGUAUGGCCGAAAUGUUCCCCAUACUGAAGUCGUGUGUGAAGUGCCCGCAGGGAGCGCCAGGCCCUGCUGGACCAAAUGGACCUCCUGGACCCGCAGGACCUCCUGGAUCUCCUGGCAGGGACGGGCUCUCUGGGGCGCUUGGUAUUGCUGGACCGCCAGGGCCACCAGGAGAUGCCGGAGAGAAUGGAUCAGCAGGGGCACCGGGAGCAGAUGGCCAACCAGGUGCUCCUGGCACCAUGAAUAUGCCUGGGACACCAGGACUGCCUGGACCUCCUGGACCACCAGGACCACCUGGUGCUGCGGGUCAACCUGGAAGCGAUCCAGGACCUGGAGCGCCUGGUCCUCCAGGAGAGCCAGGACUUCC